GAAAUUGGGCCCUGGUGCCGCGGAAAAAGAAACGGAGGGAGAAAAGAAAACAACUGGACGAAAACCCAACCCAAACCCUCCAACUGUCAAAAGCACCAGAAGAAAGAGCAGGACGACGAUCGACGGCGAGGAGGAGAGGCGAAGCGUAGGGCUGUGAUCGGAGCUUCCAGCGGAACUUCUGGAAUUGGAUCCAGGGUCGGAGAAUGGAAUUUUGGAGGUAGAAGAGAAGGAAGGUCUCUCUAGGAUUAGGAGGAGUAGAAGAAUCGAGGAAGAAGAUUAAAGUGCGCAGGGGCAAGCCGGUAAGCAAUCUAGGUUUUCCAAGCGCCAUCAACUGUCUGUCUGUGACCGCCAAGGGAAACGAAGAAGAGACGAUUCAAGCGCCGAUCAGGAAAAUAAAAAGAAGGUGUCUAUCUAUCUGGUCAAUAAUUUGCGGUUUCUUGAUCGUUCGUACGCGCGCUCCACGACGCCGAUUCCCUCUGUCAGAUCCAUUCUCGUUUUAGUUUCAACCCCACUAGGUUCCUGAGCUCCUCGCAAUUGCUGCUCUUACCUAAGGUUUCAGUCAUUCGAAUGGCGGAGAAAGCUUGCGUCAAGCGGCUUCAGAAGGAAUACAGGGCACUCUGCAAGGAACCAGUCUCCAACGUGGUUGCGCGUCCUUCCCCAAAUAACAUUCUUGAAUGGCAUUAUGUAUUGGAGGGAAGUGAAGGCACUCCUUUUGCAGGUGGAUAUUACUACGGAAAAAUCAAGUUUCCUCCUGAGUAUCCAUAUAAACCUCCUGGAAUUACCAUGAUCACUCCCAAUGGACGAUUCAUGACUCAGAAGAAAAUCUGCCUGUCGAUGAGUGACUUUCAUCCAGAAAGUUGGAAUCCAAUGUGGUCCGUAUCAAGCAUACUGACUGGGCUGCUUUCUUUCAUGAUGGACAACAGCCCCACAACAGGCAGUGUUAACAGUACCGUUGCUGAGAAGCAACGUCUGGCAGAGGCCUCUCUUGCUUUCAAUUGCAAGAAUGCGACAUUUCGGAAGCUAUUUCCCGAGUAUGUUGAGAAGUACAACCUAGAGCAGCAGCAGCCUGGUGGGCAACCUGAUUCAGAUAUAGGGCCGGAGAUUCCAGAAGAUGAGAACUCGAGGCCUAAGCCAGAAAAAGUGGACGGCCAUGUGGAAGAAGAUGCGAAAAGGGUAGAUCCAGCCAAGGAUGCAAGAAGAAACAAAAGAAAGCAGACAUUUCCUGCCUGGGUGGUGAUAUUGCUUGUUUCAAUCUUUGGGAUUGUAAUGGCACUGCCUCUGCUUCAGCUUUCACAUCCCUAGACUGGUGAAUGAAGUGGAAGAACUGAAGCAGAGGGUAACUAAAUCAAACCGCCAUGAAAUGCUAGCCGAGACUUUUUUUUUUAUUAUCUUCUCUUUGUACUGGGGGAAAAAAAAAAGAGAAAAUAUGUAUCGCUUAAUGUGUAUAUAAUUUUGUCAUUCUGACCUGGGUGGUGUGGUGUCUGCAGUCUCGAGUCUUGACUGAUUAUAGCAAAAUAGCACUAGUGUUUUUUUUAUGUUGGCAGGAUUUGUUCUUUCGACCUAACUUGUGCGAGUGUAUUGGUUCUUUCCCAGUCAUCCUCCCUUCUGCAAUUCCCUUUCUUUCUGUAUCCACCAACGGGAUCCUUGAUGCAUAAAUAAAGUUCGGGGACUAUUUAAAUCUCCUGUCUGAAAGAAAACGAGACGGGGAAGCAAGCACAAGAAGAGGCGGCUGUCGCUGUGCUGCGACGAAACCGUUGAUUGAUUAUUUGUGUGCUUCAUCAGUCCAUAUCUCAGUUGCAGUCUCCCAUUUCACCUUCACCGGCGCCGGCCACUGCUCGGAAAAUGGGAAGGAGCCUAUCUCUACCUUCCAACCGUUUGUGUAAAUGCUGCUCUCGGUAGUAUUUAGCUACAGUCGUUGAGAUUGGACGGCCGGCUCAAUUUCAGCUAUCAGCGUUACAUCUUUGUCUGAAUGAGCUCUCAUCAAUGCCUUCAUUAGAUAUUCCUACUGCUCAGACUUCGUUGAACAACCAUCUGCCACCUCUGGCUCCGAGGGCCCGGCUUCUUCCUCGUUGUCAGGCCUUUUCAUCCCCAUUCAUUCCUGCUGUUGAUGAUGCGAGGCUGCUCUCCGUCUGGCAAUCUUUCCUCCCGCUCCCGCCUCUAAGGGUGCACCACGCUUAUCAGCCACAUAAGUUUCUCAUCAAGGCAGUUGCGGCAACCCUCGAACCAAAGGGACUGGUCUCGAGGGAACCGGGAGAUGGGGAUCGAGCUCAAUGUGACACUCAUCUCGACUUCACUUCAGGGCUUUCCACAUCUUUUGAUGACUCUGAAACUGCAGAUUUGGAUGAGAGAGAGAGGCUGAGACGAAUGAGGAUCUCUAAAGCUAAUAAAGGAAAUGUACCUUGGAACAAGGGCAGGAAGCACAGUCCAGAAACCCUUCAACGCAUCAGGGAGAGAACGAAGAUUGCAAUGCAGAAUCCUAAGAUAAAAAUGAAGCUUGCAAGCCUUGGACAUGCUCAGAGCAAAGAGACAAGACUGAAAAUUGGCCAAGGAGUGCGAAUGGGAUGGGAAAAGCGUCGUGACAAGCUAAUGGUGCAAGAAACUUGUUAUUUUGAGUGGCAGAACUUGAUUGCAUCAUCUUCAAGGAUUGGCUGUGUUGACGAGGAAGAGCUGGAAUGGAAUUCUUACAGUAUCUUGAGUAAACAGCUUGAAACUGAAUGGGUAGAGAGUAUUGAAAAGCGGAGAGCAACUCCUAGGACAAAAGGCAACAAGAGGGCACCAAAAUCCCUGGAGCAAAGAAGAAAGAUUGCAGAAGCCAUUGCUGCCAAAUGGGCUGAUCCUGCAUACCGAGAUCGAGUUCGCUCUGGCCUGGCUAAAUAUCAUGGUGUUGCGGAAGGAACCGUGAGAAAGCCAAGGCGAAAGCCAGUUGGCAGCAGACCAUCAACCAAGAGGGACAGUUCAAAAAAGAAAGCCAGUGAAACAAGCAGUUCUUGUGGAAGUGAUGCCACGAGCUCUACACAGGUCAUGAAACAGCGGAACAGUACAACCCCUUCUUACAAGGAUCCUUUAGCCAGGUCCAAGUUGAAGAUGAUAAUGAACAUCAGAGCACAAAGAGCUGCCGUGGAAACUAAAAAAACUGAAGCCAUUGAAAGAGCAUGGUUAUUAAUUGCUCAAGCUGAGAAGGCAGCUAAGGUCCUUGAGGUUGCUGCAGCAGAAAGCCCGAUUGCACGAGCUUCUCUGGUAGAGUCUAGAAAGCUUAUAGCAGAAGCAAUUCAAUCCAUUGACUGUGUUGAUCGAGGGGAUGUUGAUCUUGCAACACCUGAACUGUCCGAUGAGGGGAAGGAAGUUGAUGAUGCUGGUGGGUUGCCAGGCUCUACCAGACCAGUGUUCGUAAAUGGGGGAACGAAAACAGCUUCUGCAACGUGUGCUGAAGAUGGGGAAUCGAUCAACUUGAGUAGACUGGAGUUCCAUGGUAAGUAUUGCAGCCCGCAUCAGGUGUUCGAUUUGGCGAGUCUCGUCGAGACACCAGAGGACCACUGCCAGGGUGAAGUGAACGGGAAUCUCAAAUCUGCAACGAGUGUCCGGCCUAAUGGUUCCAAAGUCGAGCUGCACGAGAGUGAGGCCGGGGUGACUGCGAAGAGAUGGGUUCGCGGAAGACUUGUUGAAAUGGUACCGGGAGGUCGAAUGUAGUAGUAGUCGUUGGAAGAGUUUAUUAUCAUUAUCGUUGUUUAUGAUAAUUUUUCUGAUCUGCUUAGUGGUGACAUCGAAGGAUGCAGAGACAUGAAUGUGCUGCUUUUAGCUGGAGCACUUUGUGCUUCUUCUUUCUUUUGCUUUUCGCCACAUUUUCCACUCUUCGAUGGCAGUUUGGUGUAUAGUAAUUACUGAUUAUUAGUCUUAGCUGGAAUG